UGUUGUUCAACAUGGCGGCACCACGUUUGCAGCCCGUGUCCAUCUUCAAGCAAGGUGCGGGAGAGGAGAAGGCUGAAACGGCAAGGACAUCAUCAUUUAUUGGUGCUAUUGCUGUUGGAGAUCUUGUGAAGUCAACCCUUGGCCCUAAAGGAAUGGACAAGAUUCUCGUGUCUGGGAACAGUGUUACCAUCACUAACGAUGGAGCUACCAUAUUGAAAUCAUUGGGUUUGAAUAAUCCAGCUGCUAAACUGUUAGUAGAGAUAUCUAAGGUGCAAGAUGACGAGGUGGGAGAUGGAACUACAAGUGUGACCGUCCUGGCCGCUGAGCUGCUGAGAGAAGCCGAGCAGUUGAUAGCACAGAAGAUACAUCCUCAGACAAUAAUUGCAGGUUGGCGCAAGGCCGUAGAAGCAGCACGCGAUGCUCUUACAGCUGCUGCUAGCGACAACAGUGGUGACAGUGAAAAGUUUCGUCGUGAUCUAUUGAACAUUGCUCACACUACGUUUAGCUCUAAGAUUCUUCAUCAGCACGAGGGCUUUGCACAGCUGGCUGUAGAUGCUGUGCUGAGACUGAAAGGUAGCACGAAUCUUGAAGCCAUCAAAGUACUGAAAAGACUAGGAGGAUCACUCAGUGAGUCGUAUCUUGAUGAGGGAUUUCUUUUAGAGAAAAAGGUGGGUGUGAACCAGCCUAAGAAAGUUGAGAAUGCUCGUAUUCUCAUUGCCAACACACCCAUGGACACAGACAAGAUCAAAGUGUUUGGUUCUCGUGUUCGAGUGGAUUCUACUGCCAAAGUGGCUGAAUUGGAACGAGCUGAGAAGGAAAAGAUGAAGCGGAAAGUUGAGAAGAUCCUUACUCAUGACAUCAAUGUGUUUAUCAAUCGUCAACUUAUUUAUAACUAUCCUGAACAAUUGUUUGCUGAUCGUGGUGUAAUGGCUAUAGAACAUGCUGACUUUGAAGGUAUCGAACAACUUGCUCGAGUCUUGGGAGGAGAGAUUGUGUCUACAUUUGAUCAUCCUGAGUUAGUGAAAUUAGGCAAGUGUGAUCUCAUUGAGGAGGUCAUGAUAGGAGAGGACAAACUUCUAAGAUUCUCUGGAGUUGCUCUUGGUGAAGCUUGCACUGUUGUUUUACGUGGUGCCACUCAGCAAAUCCUUGAUGAGGCUGAGCGUUCUUUGCACGAUGCUCUUUGCGUGUUAUCACAGACUGUUAGAGAAUCACGUGUCGUCUAUGGUGGUGGCUGCUCAGAAGUUCUAAUGGCAAAUGCAGUACGUGAGCUGGCGGCCAAGACUGCUGGGAAAGAGUCGGUUGCUAUGGAUGCAUUUGUUCGUGCUUUAUGUCAGUUGCCUGCCAUCAUCGCUGACAAUGCAGGUUAUGAUAGCGCUGAUCUCGUGGCACAACUGAAAGCUGCUCACAUGGAGAAGAAGGGUACUGCCGGACUGGAUAUGAUUAAUGGGACUGUGGGUGACAUGGCUGCUAUGGGAGUGACAGAGUCUUACCUUGUCAAACGCCAGGUCCUUAUAUCGGCAGCUGAAGCAGCUGAAAUGUUGUUGCGUGUUGAUGACAUUAUUUCAUGUGCCCCGCGACCAAGACAACGCGAUCACGGACAUUAGAAUUGUGAACUCCAUGUUGACUAAUGGACAUUCAGUUAGUUUUCAUUCUUUGUUUGUGGUGUUAAAUGUAGUUUCUGUUGGUUGUGCAAUAAGAAUGGUUGCUUGUGUGCUCAA